AUGGCUGAAAACAUUAUCCCGCGUGAUGCAUUACCACCCACAGGAAAAGCAGCUGAUAAAACUAAAACUGAUCUGACUACCGUCGAUGAUCGUUUAAAUAAGAUCCCGAAUCGAAUACUGAACCUACAACAUAUGAAUGAACUUGGUACUAUCGAAAAUGCGAAUUCAUUCAUUCAUCGCGAUGAAUUAAUCUUAAUUUAUAUUCCGGGGAUUGAUUGUAAUUGGUCCCCGAAAUAUAAAUUAAGUUUAAUUAGAACACUACUCAUUCGUAUUUUACACAUAUGUUGA